AUGUCGUGUAAUCCCACCCUUGCGAUCAAGAUGUGGGCCCUCAUGUUUCUGCUACUUGUGGGCAUUGCCCGAGCAGCCACACCCAAUGCCAUGCUUCGUGGUAUGCCUUCUCUCCCAAAAAUUUCAGUGCCAGAACGUUCGUUCACUUCGCCGAAUGGCACAAUACUCCCAAACAUUACGACUGCCUAUUAUUUUGACCAGCUCAGAGACCACAAUAAUACAAACCUUGGAACAUUCAAGCAGCGAUACUGGAUGAACUGGGAGUUUUAUGAGCCUGGCGGUCCCAUUAUACUGAUGACGCCUGGAGAAGUGAACGCAGAUGAUUAUCAAGUCUACAUUACGAAUGACAGCAUCAACGGUCUUAUUGCUCAACAACAAAAAGGUGCAGCCAUCCUCAUUGAACACCGUUUCUUUGGUUUUUCAAAUCCAUACGACAACCUCACGUCACAAUCUCUGGCUCUCCUCACUGUUCAGCAAGCUAUCGAUGAUUUAGUAUAUUUCGCCACCACCGCUGACCUUCCCAUGCCUGGGGGUGAUGCUGUGAAACCAAGUCAAGCACCAUGGAUAUUGGUCGGAGGAAGCUACUCGGGAGCCCUUACCAGUUAUACGAUGUAUGGUGAUCGACUCAAAGCAAACCGGGAAUCUUCUGGGCUGGAUAUUUAUCUUCUGCUACUGUGGAAACGAUCACGUAUUGACUAUUAUGAUUAUUUCACCCCUAUUCGCGAGCACAUGCCACAGAACUGUUCUUUCGAUAUACAGGCAGUGAUCGCCUACCUGGAUGGGAUGUAUGCGGCUAAAGACACAGCUGGAAUCAAGACGCUCCAGGAGACAUUUGGCCUCGGCGGUCUUGAUCAUGUUGCCGAUUUCGCCACCGCACUUGAAAUCAACCUAUGGGAUUGGCAAGGUCUGGAACCUUAUAUCGGCCCCAAAUCGAUGUUCUAUGAGUUCUGCGAUGCACUCGAGGUCAAGGACGGUGUCAAUGCCGGACCUGAGGGAUGGGGAGUUGAUCAUGCUAUUCGCUCUUGGGGCAACUUUUGGAAUACUACAUACUACAGUUAUAAUUGUCCUGGUCAAGAUGUCCAAACCUGUCUUGGGUCGUUUGACCCGACUGACAUCUACUGGACUAACAUUACCGUGAAUAAUGCCAACAGAUCGUGGUUUUGGAUGGUGUGCAACCAAAUCGGUUUCUACCAGACUGGGCCUCCUGAAGGCCAACCUGCGAUCGUGAGCCGCAUCCUCCAGCCCAGUUAUGGAGAGCGCCAAUGUGUAAACAUGUUCCCUGAAGCAUUCGCUUAUCCACCUCAGCCUGCCACAGCAGAGACGAACACGAUGUACGCUGGCUGGAACGUGAAUGUCCCACGUCUCUUCUUCGCCAACGGCCUGCGUGACCCUUGGCGCGGGGGGACUGUCUCUGCUGAUGGGCUGAAUAAGCCUAACACGACUAGCAUGCCGAUCUAUAUGAGCGAUGGAUUCCAUUGCUCGGAUAUGAUAACGAGAAAUGGCAUUUUAGACCCGACUAUCGCGGUCGUGCAGGAAGCAGGAUUAAGGUACAUGAAGGAGUGGCUUGCUGAGUGGACGCCGUCCACGUGA